GCUAACUUAAGUUUGCCGAAGCUACAUUCUUCCUUGCCGUCAGUAAUUCUGAGGGGAACCAACACAGUUUAGCAUAACUACUUCGUUCACAAACUAAACGAGUGUCGGUUAUUUGCAGGACAGAGCACAAAGUAUCGGAGUUGGUAGUUAACGCUUUAGCUCUGUUAGCUAAUGUGAGCAUUCACGGACAUAUUUUCGCGCGCAUGUCGGCGCGGAACUGCUGUGUGUGGGAGAAUGGCGUUUUUGUUAUAAAGGUGGGGGAAACACUGCUAUCACGUAACAGUUUAAAUCGGGUCAGUAGAUCGGUCGCUUUUACCAACGUUCACCAUCCACUACUGCCCGACUUGUAGACCUGAGUGUAUCUUGUCAUUUAAAUAUUAAAUAUUGGCACCCAAAUACUUUCAGAUGCCGCGCGGAAAGUCCUUCUUCCGUUCUGAGGCUGCCAAGUUUCGCAUGGCAGAGCGGAGCUACGGUUCUCAACUCCAGCAAGGCUGUGGCACAGGUCGGCGUCACUUUGUGCGCCCAUGGCCAAAGUCUUCCCUCACUGGAAGACAACGUAAAUUGGUCAUUCCACCCAAGUUUCCAGACAAGAAGUUGGUGCUUGUUCUCGGAUGCUCCCACCUGCGUGCAAUUGCAGAUGGAUUUGUGACUAUGCCGGACGGCAUCCUCACCUUUGGCUUCCUCUCCAUCCCUGGGGGGAGCGCAGCUGACCUGAAGCUGGAGAUUGAGAACACUGUUCUCACUCACCAACCUGAUGCACUUUGUGUCCUGGCUCCAAGCAACAAUUUGACAGCCAGUCGUUCCGUCAGUGAAGCAGGAGCUGAUUUUGCCAAGCUCAUGACCAGUGUGACCAAACGCUUUCCUAAUGUGUUUGUCCUGGACUUUCCCCCACGCCUCAACUGUGAGGUGAAAGACCAGGACCUGUUGCGACAGGAAUUCCGUGAUGUCACUGCACGGAUGAGUGUGAAGUACUGUUCCAUUGCAGAGUACUUUCCACUCCAAGACCGUAAACUUUGGGUCAGAGACGGCGAUGAGGUGAAGGAUUGCUCCGUCCCGCUAACCCCUGCCAGGUCUAGCUUGGUGCCGUUGGUGAAGAUGGAUGACACUACUCCAUUGAAUGUUCCUAGCCCUAAGGAAUGCACUCCAGUCCCUCCACACAUAACAGAGGUGGACACGUCACCAACUUCAACAGAGGUGAUGGCCAGACCUCAGCCUACCAGAGUUUCGGUAGCUGUCAAAAAAGAGGUCCAGGCAGCACCAGGUGCAGAAGAGACGGCAGGGUCGUCUUCUACUGGUGUUCCAAAAGAAGCUGCCUCCGUCAAGGUGCAAACGUCACCAACCUUUGCGGAGGUCGCUGCUCAAUACUCCCAUAUGAGGGUUUUGGAGGCUGUAACAAAGAAGGUCCCAGAAACACCAGGUGGAGAAGGUUCGAAGGAGUCGUCAUCUACUGGUGUUCAGCAGGAAGCUGUCCCAAACGAGGUUUUGCCGAGUGGGGGGGAGUCUGAAGGGUCGUCUUCUACUGGUGAUGAGGAAGGGUCUAUCAAGCUGAAGGUAUCUUAAUUUUAUAUUGUUUUUAGACAUUUUUCUGGUGCAUUCCAUUCUACUUAAUUGUCGUGGUUGAUUCUUUCAAUUCUG